AUGAGCUGGAAGGCAUUGAACUAUAUUCCAUAUCUCGAUUACCAUUACCUGGGAUUUGGGACAAACUCCAGGAGUGUGUCUCGCACAUUAGAAUACUCAUACGAUGACUUUUGCCUUGCAGUUCUAUCCAAAGGGCUUGGAAAACAAGACUCUUACACCAAAUACAUGGCACGUUCAAUGAAUUGGAAGAAUACAUGGAAGGAGGAUCAAAGGAGUGUUAUUAAUGGGAAUGACACCGGAUACGUAGGAUUCUUCCAGCCCAAAUAUCUGAAUGGGACUUGGGGAUUUCAGGAUCCGAUAAAGUGUGCUCCCAUUGAAGGAUUUUGCUCUCUAACGUCGAACCCGCAAGAAACUUUUGAAGACUCUAUUUGGGAGUACCAAUUGUUUGUUACCCCCUCUUCUCUCUUUCCUCUUCGCUAAUUUAGGAAUAGUUACGUCCCCCACGACAUCUCAACCUUGAUAACUCUCCUCGGCGGUCCCCAGACCUUUGUAGAGCGCGUCAAAUACCUCCACCACGCAGGCCUAACAGACAUCGGCAACGAACCUUCCUUUCUAACUGCCUUCCUGUACCACUACGCCGGCCGACCCGGUCUCUCCUCCCAGCUGGUCCAUCAACACGUCCCGGGUUACUUCAACGACACGACUACCGGCCUCCCAGGGAACGACGAUACCGGUGCCAUGGCCAGUUUCAGCGCUUUCGUUACCAUGGGUCUCUUCCCUAACCCUGGUCAGGAUGUGUAUUUCAUCACCGUCCCUCUCUUUCCGGGGAUUAAUGUUAAGAAUCCGGUCUCUGGGAAAGUGGCUAGUGUUAGGAAGACCGGGACGGGGGAUUUUGUGAAGAGUGUUAGGUUGGAUGGGGUGGAGUGUGGGAAGAGUUGGAUUGGACAUCGGUUUUUUGCUGAUGGGGGUGUGUUGGAGAUUGAGGCGGGGGAGACGGAGGGGGGAUGGGGGAGUAGGCAAGAGGAUUUACCACCUAGUCCUGGGGCUGGGAUGGGGGGGAUGAGUACUCAGAGUAGGGAGAUGUUAGUCUAA